UCUAUCGUUUGGUUUGGCAUAGCUAAUUUUUUUUUCAAGUAUAAGUCACAUUACCUGCCUCACAGAGCAAAGUCGAUUAUUUUCAGCGAAAAAAAUAAAUUGUAUUCAAUCGUGAAAUGGCGUCAAUGUUGAGCCGUGGUGCAAUUUUAGCUGAGUGUUUAGUGAAAAACACAACACCAAAGGUUUUGGGAGCUGCAAUACAACGACGUAAUCUCAAUGUACAAGAGCAUAUCUCGUAUUCAUUGUUAAACGAAGCUGGCAUUCCGACACCGAAAUUCGGCGUUGCCACAUCGACCAGUGAGGCAAAGAAAAUUGCCACCGAUUUGAAUACCGAGAAUUUGGUAUUGAAAGCACAAGUAUUGGCCGGUGGUCGUGGUAAAGGUGCAUUCAAAAAUGGUUUCAAAGGUGGUGUACGUCUUGUUUUCUCACCGGAAGAGGCCGAACAAGUGUCCGGUAAAAUGAUUAACCAAAUAUUAGUCACUAAACAAACCGGUGCCGCUGGACGGAUUUGUAAUAAAGUUAUGGUCGCUGAACGAAAAUUCCCAAGACGCGAAUUUUAUAUGGCUGUUAUGAUGGAACGAGCAUUUAAUGGUCCCGUCAUUAUUGCAUCGUCCCAAGGCGGUGUAAAUAUUGAAGAAGUCGCCGCUGAAAAUCCCGAUGCCAUUCUUUAUGAACCAAUCGAUAUUGUCAAGGGAUUGACAAAAGAACAAGCUGUGAAAGUAGCCGAAAAACUUGGAUUGGGCAAUGUUUCCGAACAAAUUUCCAAAACACUUUUGAACAUGUACGAAUUAUUCGUCAAAAAAGAUGCACUCUUGAUUGAAAUCAAUCCAUACGCCGAAGAUGCAUUCGACACUUCCAAAUACUUCGCAUUGGAUGCAAAACUUCGAUUUGACGAUACGGCUGAAUAUCGACAAAAAGAUUUAUUCAAACUUCGUGAUUAUACUCAGGAAGAUCAAAAGGAGGUGGCUGCAACGAAAUUCGAUUUGAAUUACAUUGCUUUGGAUGGUGCCAUUGGUUGUUUGGUGAAUGGUGCCGGUUUGGCGAUGGCAACAAUGGACAUUAUUAAAUUGCAUGGUGGUGAUCCAGCAAAUUUCUUGGACGUUGGUGGCGGUGCCACAGCCGAGGCGAUUAAAGAAGCCUUUAAAAUCAUUACCGCCGAUCCAAAGGUGAAUUCAAUUUUGGUGAAUAUUUUCGGUGGUAUUAUGCGUUGUGAUGUGAUUGCCGAGGGUAUCAUUGCUGCAACCAAAGAGUUGAAUCUCAAAACACCAAUUGUUGUUCGUUUAUUGGGCACAAAAGUUGAAGAGGCCAAAGAACUCAUCAAAAACUCAAAACUUCGAAUUUUGCCACGCGAUGACUUAGAUGAAGCCGCCCAUUUGGCUGUCUAUUUGGCUGACAUCGUUAAAUUGGCCCGUGAAGCUAAAUUGGAUGUCAAUUUUGAAAUUGCCGAAUUCGACAACUAAAAACACACUCAUCCUACGGCUAUCGAUCUGAUUUUACAGCAGUUAGCCACAUAAAACGUAUUAAAUAUGUAAAAUGAUAAGAACUAUUUAACCGAAAAUUUUGAAAAUUCAUGCAUUAAACAACAAAACCGACUACAACCGCCUCUAUUUAUCAUUUAGUUAAUUCAAUGUUUUGAUUCUAUUUUCUCCAUUAUUUUGACAUAAAAAAAAACACGAAAAAAUUGUUCACGCACAAUGCGCUUCUCUUUCAUUGCACUUAUAUACCUAUAUUGUUGUUGUCAUUGUUAUACAUACAUGUUAGACAUCAUUCAAUUGAUCAUUUUGAUUUCAAUCAUACCGCAAAUACAAUUUUAACCAGUGAAAA